UCAAUCACCAAGAAGAAAAAGAAAGACAAUGGUAUCCAGAGAAAUGCUGAUCAUAGUCUCGGUUCUCGCCACUACUCUCAUCGGUUUAGCAGUAGCUACGGACCAUACCAUUGGUGGUCCUAGUGGUUGGACUGUUGGAGCUAAUCUUGGAACGUGGGCUGCAGGACAAACAUUUGCUGUUGGAGACAAUCUUGUUUUCGCUUACCCUUCUGCAUUCCACGACGUCGUUGAAGUAACAAAACCUGAAUUUGACAGCUGCCAAGCGGUUAAACCGCUUAUAACGUUCGCUAAUGGAAACUCCAUUGUUCCCCUCACUACUCCUGGAAAAAGGUACUUCAUUUGUGGAAUGCCUGGACAUUGCGCCCAAGGGAUGAAACUCGAAGUAAACGUUCUUCCAACAGCAAACGCAGCACCAACCGCACCGCUUCAAAACUCUGUCCCAUCUCUAAACGCGCCUUCACCUUCUUCUGUUCUACCGGUACAACCUCUGCUGCCUCUUAAUCCCAUCUCUCCUUCUUCUUCAAUUCCGGUUCCUUCCUCCUCUCUGCCUAUUCUGCCGGCACAAGCACCGGCGCUUUCUCCAGGGUCUGCAGCGGGGACUUCUCUGCCGUUGUUCCCAGGCUCACCUGCAGCUAGCUCAAGCAGCACCACCACCAAAACCGUUAGGAGCUUCCCUUCUAGUGCUACCGGCACAACGGCUGAUCUUUCCGGCGCAGGAGCUCCUCCGGUUGACUCCUCUUCAUCCACUAAGAGCUUUGUUUUGGGAUUCGGAUUCAUGGUCACUAUGAUGCUUCAUUUGUUCUAAGUGUUUAAGUAGACAGAGUUUUGUUUGAUGAGGCUAAUGUGUUUGCGUUUACUUAGUUUUGGUUUUAUAUGAGAAUAUGUGUUUUCUUGUACAAGAUUAAAUAUGCUGUUUUUGUUUGUGUUGUCUUCUGUAUCUCAGUAUCUACCAUUGUAUAUUCAUUUAUUUCUCGAA